CACCAACAGCACCGAUGCCCAAUCCAGGUUAGCUCCGUCCCCCCUGUCGAACCAGUCCUCCCCGCCCCCCCCGUUAGGCAAAUGGACGCGUUGAGCAGUGGCUGGGGCGUAUAAAUGGGACGGAGAGCCGACGACAGCCUGUAAUGCUGCGCCGGGUGCGGCAGUCUCUCCGCCGGCAGGUGCUGUUUCUGAUGGCCCGGAGACCGGCUCUACUCUGCGGGGCUGUGGUGCUCGGCGUCCUGCUCAUACUGGCCGUCAAGUUCACAUGCAGUCGUGCUAAGAAUGUUGUGGCAGCAGCUCGGCCUCCAGUGCGGUUCUUCUCUGCCGACGCCCCGGUAGUGGACCUCUACUUGGGUCAGCUAGACCAGGUGGAGCGUCUUAGGAGUGUAGCGGAGGUAUCUCUCAUCUUCUUCUAUGCACCGUGGUGUGCUCACUCGAUGGCUGCCCGUCAAGAAGUGCAGCAAGUGGCUAAGAAGCUGGCCAAACAGGUGCAGUUCGUGGCCGUGAACUGCUGGUGGAAUCAUGGGAAAUGCAGGAAGCAAAACCGCUUCUAUCAGUACCCCAUCAUCCAUUUGUUUUAUAGAAGAUUUGGGCCUAUAGAGUACAAGGGUCCGUUUGUGGCUCCAUAUGUGGAAAGUUUUAUCCUCAGAGUCAUCACACCACUCACUUACCUCCCAUCGAGAGCCACGCUCGAAGAGUUCCUCUCCUAUCACGAGCCUCGAGUGGUGGGUUUCUUCCAGUUUAACUCCUCUCCUCAGCCGCCGGGGUACAUCACGUACCUUUCCUCUGCCCUGCAGGCCUUAAAAAGAGAUUUCCGUGGUGUUAUACGUUUCGGGGUUGUGACCAACAAACAGGUGGCAGAGGCCAUCUCAGUAGAAGACGAUGAAACAGUUUACCUUUACAGAAGAUUUAACUCCUCUUUGAUCUUCCCUCGAAGGGAACGUAACUUCACAUCAGAGGCCAUCUGUAAGUGGGUGUUUGAACACCAUGAAACCGUCCUCCAGUGGCUGCAGCCUCCAGGAACAAAGUCCCGCCUCCUGGAAUAUGAGCUAACUAAAGGUCCGGCACUGCUGCUCUUCCUGCCGCACAAUCCACUUGGGUCCAAGCCGAGCCCUGUACUACAGCAGGUUGCAGACAUUGCUGUGCGUUAUCAUUCCUGUGACAACAACAACCACUCCAGCUUGGACAAAAGUUUCACCACCCACUCGCCAUGCUGCCAGUCGGUUCUUCUCCCAGAGUCCAGUACAAAUGUGUGUGAGGUGUGCCUCAGUUUGUCACGAUCGAGCCUGACCAGCUCCUCUGUGCGCUGCUCUUUCUCCUCCACGACUCACGGAGGAGACAUGUUGCAGUUUUAUCUCAGACACUGCUGCCUACACCGACUGCUUGCUGUGUCCAUAAACACCACAACCUCAGCGGGCUGUAGCAACUUUCUGAACAGCUACAGCCCCUUUAGUCAAUACAGUGCCUGCUGCAGAAAAGUUGAACCUCAGCUCAAUGAAUCACAAGCCAAAGAGGAGUCAGACAUGCAAAGAGUUCCCCUUACACCUCCUCCUCCUUCGUCCAUCCCUCCAUCCUCUGCCCCUCAGCAGGGAGGAGAUGGCAUCACAGGUCUCCGGUGCCAGACCAACAGGACGCUCAGGUUUUAUGUGCUGGAUCUUGCUCUGAACUGGCCUCUGGCAGUGAGGCUCGGAGCAACAGGCAACAGAAGUGCUUCUCUUUACCAGGAGCAUGGUGUACAAAGCGAUGGGUCGUUUGCAGCUAUCGUGAACCUGAAGGAUGAGGUUCAUUACGUUCUCCACCGCAGCCCGGCAGCCACGUUGACAGAGUCUCUUGAGGCCUUCAUCAGGAACUUCAGUGCUCCAUACAGCCUCUUGCAGAGACACUUAGUGGGAGAAGAAGACAGGAGAGGAGGAGACGAGGAAACCAGGCAUCCAGACACAAACCAGCACUCGCCUCCACGCCUCCUCAUCACAGAACUGACCACCUCCUCCUUCCUGCCCUCCGUCAUGGACCUCGAAAAGGAUGUUCUGCUGUUCUACUACACUCAGUGGUGUGGAUUUUGCUCUGUUCUCAACCACAUCAUCAUCCAGCUGGCCAGAUUAUUACAGGGAAACAGCACCAUCACUGUGGCCAGGGUGAAUGUUGCGCGUAAUGAUCUUCCAUGGGAGUUCAUGGUGGAUCAUGUUCCCGCUAUUCUUCUGUUUCCCAAAUACAGAAAACAUUUUAGCGUGAAGUUUCCUGAUGACCUGCCCAUCACGUUACCCAACCUCCUUCGCUUCAUCCUGCAGCACUCUGGCUCUGUACAACAUGCAGACAAACCAGUGCCAGCGUCUAGUGAGGCGGAGAGUGCAGGACCCGGUGCUGUCCUCCGUGCAGAGUUUCUGGCACUCCAGCAAGAGGUUCAAGUGCUGCGUCAAGCCCGCAAACGUCUCUCCGAACAGCUGGCACAGCUGUGGCGCGACAACCGCCGACUGACAUUUGACACUCUAAGCUUAGAAGCCCAGAACACAGAGCUGCAGCGAGAGAGGCAAAGCUUAGAGGAGCAGUACCGGGAGAAAAGCCGGCAGCUCGGGGAGGCGGUGAGACGGCUGCAGGAGCUUGCAGACACUGCUGAAAACCUGCUGAAUGAGAACACAUUGCUCAGGGUCCUGCUGAGGGCACUGAAGGACAGGACGGAGGCUCAAGAGCAGGUAGAGGUGGAGAAACAAGAGCCAGAACAGAAAAGAAGCCAUAUGGCCUCCUGACCACGAGUCUGUAGGGAAUCCUGAGAGAGAUGCAGAGAAGAGGAGGAGAGAGGAAAGAGGGCCAGGAAACAAAGACGGACUGAAAUGGAUGAGUAAAAAAAGAUGCGAUUAGACCUGAGACUGAAUGACGACGUCAUGCAUGACCCAAGGGGAAACAUGACUUGAUCAUUUGUCAUGGUAGAGGGAAAAUGAAGAUGACUGAUGAUUACUGUCAGAAGAAAAACUAAGACUGCUGCUACGUCAGGACAGAAGAAGGAAACACUUAAAACAAGAUAGAUAAGUGGCUGUGUUUGUUACAGACAGACUACUCCAAGGUGCCGUCAUGACUGUGGGCUUAUCCACUCUUAGGAACACACUAGUGUGGGAAUUCAGUGCCAACUGUGCUUGCAAAAAUGAAAUUCCUGUAAAGGGUGAUGACGUAAUCCGAGUUAAACGUAUUACACAGACCCUGCAGCCCAAUUCUCUACCUUACCUGCAUUGCUAUUAAUUCUCAAAUGAUAGCCAAUCAAUGGCCAGCCCAAACAAGUAAAAGGAAUACUUCACACAUCUAUUUCCAAAUAGGUGCGUGGGAGAGGGACAAGAAGAAUUUGUAGGAAAGACUCCUGCACACUGUCUAACUUGCAAAAAUGAUGAUUUUAAUGCUGCAAUGUUUCAGUGACUAGACCUUCAUCAGGCAAAAAAAAGGUCACAGUCUUUAUCCCCAGGGUAAUGAAGGUCUAGUCCCCGAAACAUCGCAGCAUUGUGCGGGAGUCUUUUCUACAAGUUUUGUUUAGCCCAAACUAGUAAAAGAAACAGGAAGUUCAAAUCACCUGUAGCUCACUACAACAGCUCACAUGCUAAAUUCAGUAUAACUCACUAAUUCCAUCAGUACAACAACCGAGUCGUGAAAACUCACCACUCUGCUGCUUCCAGUUUCUCCUUAUAUUAACAUAAAUAUUGUUUUCAUACUCUGAUUAAUUACAGUUGUUCCUUCUUUGCUGUAUUCCUGAUCGAUGUGAAGCUAGUAACUCAACACUGCCUGAUGUUUUCACACUAAAAGCCUACCUAUCAAAGGACGGAUGCUGGAAGAAGUUUGAGUUAUGCUAGCUUCACAUCAUUCAGGGACGGGGGAGGCAAAGUAGAAAGCCUGUUAUGACUAGCUGUAAUCUUGGGUGGUAUCUGUUUUGUCAUACCUUCCUGAAUAAUCCCCAGGGUGUACAGUAUAUAAUGGCAUGUGUGUGUGGUGCUAAAAUUCGACAGAAACAAAAUGGAAAAACCCUUAAUUCACAGUGUUAGAUGCAACUGGUCACAGUCCUGUAACAUUAUCCCCAGCGGCCAUGUCUGUCAGCUCAGCUGCCCGCUCCACCAGCACAGACUGACCUCUGGUGGCGUAUGAUGUGCUCUACAUGCUCAUUACUGUCUCUAUAUGAGUUUAAGAGACAGAUGUGGGUGCGUCUGUGUUUUUGACGGUAUUGUUGGGAUUUCCAAGUACCCUGGUAUACCAUAAUACCUUGAUGGCGCCCUAAGCCUACCUGGCUGUACUGAUGGAAUAUGGAAAUGUACAUUAUACUGAAUUUCUCAGGACAAACAUGGAGGAAGUUAACAGGCCCAGUUCUCUCCUCCAAUGAGGGAAAUAUAAAUGCUACUAUCAUGCACUCACCUGCUGCUUCAAGCCAGGGGCCGAUGAUGAUGAUGAUGAUGAUGAUGAUGAUGAUGUUUCCCAACAGUGCUUUGUAUCAUCAUAAACUGAUGAGCAGUAGUGGGUGUGUGCAUGACUGCAGGUUAGUGAUGUAGAAUUUGGCUGCAGGGAGAGAGGGCUACUAAUGAAGCUGAGACUUAUUUAAUACUGAAGAAGUGGCAACUGCUCACUGAUCUGUGGGUGAGCCUCAGAGCACUUGAAAUAAUUAGCAAAAUGUUUCUUUUCUUUUUUGAAGGGGAUAUUGUUCUUUUUGUUAAACUGAUCUAUUUUUACAGGAAUCCUUGAGUCACUAAAAUAUUUCUAUGUAACUAUUCAGGUAUUAAGAAUGAGAUGCUGCAAUUGUUUACAUGUGAGAUAUUGCACCUGUUUUUACUGAUUAAAAAUCUUUCAUCUUAUUGUCA